AUGUGGACCACAGCUGGAAAAGUUGUCAUUCUUCUCUUCCUCCCAGUGACACAGAUCCUGGCUGGCUCAGUUGGUCCCGGCGAUAUGGUUAUGUGCAUGGAUGAGAAGUCGCAUUCCAAAGUCACCCCCGACAAGCUUUCCUGCGGUGCUGGGAAUGUACCGGCAUACUACGAUGGUCCCAUCUCCAAAGGGAAUGGGGCUUUUGCUCUGCAUUUCCAGAGCCACCCCGAAGACGGCGAUUACAACUUUGCGAUCGAUAUUCGGUGCCCGGUAGUACAAACUCAUUCAGUCACCGAGGCUCUUACAACCAUCACUACCACCGCUUCUAUCGCCAAGUCUACCAUCACCUCUACUACUACUUUUACUACCAUUUCUACUGCCACUUCUACCACUGCCACUACUACCACGUUAGAAGUGACAGUGAUUCCAUCCCCCGUCACAAUCACAAAGAAAGACACAUACACCACCACAUCUACCAGUACCUUGGAUGUAACAGUCAUUCCAUCUCCCGUCACAAUUACAAAGGAAGAUCAUCAACUGUGGACAACCACUCUCAUAUCCACCCUUACAGACUGCACUCAGUCUCCUAUCACCCCUUCCCCCUCGCCAUCUCCUUCGUCAGACACAGAUAAUUUCUGUGCGACUGGUCGCGCAUAUUGCUUCAAUGAGCGGGAAAGAUUCACAACUCGGCCUGACUGCGAUACUAACUACAGGUUGGAAGGUUGCAAUUGCCGCGGAGUAUGGUCGGGCGAGAUUCGUCGCCCGCGCUGCAACGGUGUUGGACGAAUCAAAUGUGCAGGAUGCAAGUAA